GCGGCCUCGCCGCUCUUUGCGCCUGAGUGUGUCCCUCGCGCGUCGCCGGGGGCCACCACCGGGUGGGUGACUCAUCUCGCCUCUGAAUGGCAGCCCGGAGCUUUAUAACGACGGCGGCGGGGGCUCGGCAAGCGCUGUCCGCGGGACGGAGGCAGAGGCUGAGCGAGCGCCCAGGGAGAGAGAAAGAAGGAGGCAGCGAGAGAGAGAGAGCCCCGGGGAGCGCCAGGGAGACGCGCACACCGAGAGAGAGAGAGGGCUACAGCCGCCAUGAGGAGCCUCCGCUGCGCCCCUCUCCUCCUCCUGCUCCUCUCGGCGGGGGACUCGGCUGUCAUCACUGGGGCUUGCGACCGAGAUUUGCAGUGUGAUGGAGGCAUGUGCUGUGCCGUCAGUCUCUGGAUUCGAAGUCUGCGGAUGUGUACACCAAUGGGCGACUUGGGAGAGGACUGUCAUCCUUUGAGUCACAAAAUUCCGUUCCGUGGAAGGAGAAUGCAUCACAGCUGCCCAUGCUUACCUAACCUGGCUUGUAUCCGGGCUUCGCCUAACAAAUACAAAUGUUUACCAGACUUCAAAAAUGAAGAUUUCUUUUUUUAGCACACACACACACACACAUGGUGAGAAAUUUUGUGAUGUUGCUUAUUUCAUGUACUAAAAAACCCUUGUAAUAGUGACAAAAUUGUUUGCCAGAGGAAAUUUGUAAACAUACUUUCUCUCCUUGUAAACAUUAAUAUUAUUACUAUAUUUAAUAGUGGUCAUGGUGAUUUUAUGCUAGAUCUUUAUCUGGAGUUUUUUGUAUGAACUUGUGACCUACCAGUCUGGAUGCAUCAGGCACGUACGGCAGACUGUGAGACACCCAGUAAACUUCCUGACUUUCUUGCCUGAGGAAGGAAGGAAGCAGUGUCAAGAAACUAACCGGCAGUCUCCAAUGCAUGGCAUAUGGACUGAAUUUAGGUUGAUGGGUCACAAACUGCAGGCAAGUACUAAAGGAAUAGUAUGGUGAGCUCUUUUCUCCUAAAAUCUGGCUUUUCAAAGAGGGUUUAACAGGUUGCACAUCUAGGGCACUGGACAUUCAGAACUGCCAUGUCAAUUUGCAUUAAUGAACUAAGAUUUUUCUGAAAGUACACAGCUUGACUGAAAAUAUUUUGUACAGCAA